CGCGUCGCACGUGCUGCGCUGCUGUCGCCGCGUACCGCGCAGCCAGCUCCAGCCGGGGAUACACCAGGCGCCCAGAAUCAUCACUGAUGACGUCACGAUGAAUUGAGUCAUCAGGCCAGUCAGCAUGCCUGCAGCGAUACUACUAGCGCUCCUAGUGGCAGCAGCCUCAACUCGUGGCUCUCCUUUGGUGCAAGACUUCGAGUCGACCUACCCGGGACAGGAGUUCGCGGCCACUCCCGACCCGGACAACAACAGCACUCUCGCCGACGACAUGCCGUCGCCCACGCCUGACGGCGCCGAGACGGUCGACCAGUCGCCCACGGUCCCCGACGACGGCCCGUGGGAGCCGACGGCGAGCCCCCCGGCGCCGUCCAGGUCCACGAGGUUCUCCCUGCCGUACAUCCUCGAGGCCAAGGCGCUGCCCGGCCGCGGCGGCAAGCGGCUGGAGGAGAUCGCGCUGGGGCCCGUCGAGAUCUCCUCGCUGCUGCACCAGAUCAUGACCUCGUCGACCAUCCUCAAGAACCUCAGCGCCAGCGCGCCGCCUCGAGAGGACGUCUUCGCGGAGCCGGCCAACGAGACCGGGGUCGACCGGGACCCGGGGGACGCCGACGAGUCGAACCAGCUGUCCAUCCAGGUGGUGUCGAGCCCCUUGCAGGACGACGCCGACAACCCCUACCUGCACUGGGACAGCGACAGCGAGGAGCAGGAGCAGGAGAUGGAGCAGCAGCUGAGAGAGGACGAGGGGGAGACAACGUCGCCGGCCCCGGCGCCGACGGGGCGCUCCUACCUGCUGCUGCUCGCCGGCAACUCCACCAUCGCGCAGCUGCGCCAGCGCGACUUCGCCAAGUACCUGAAGCUGAACCUGGCGGCGCGGCUGUCGCUCGAGUACGACGACGUGCGCGUGAACCGGGUGGUGCUGGCGCCGCCGCGGCUGCUGGUCAACGUGAGCGUGGUGACGCCGUCUGACGCCGACCCCGAGGAGGAGCAGGGCGCCGUGACGACGGACCAGAAGGAGGAGGCGCCGCUGCACAUGCUGGCCGAGACCAACGCCACGCUGCUCGAGCUGUCGGGCGAGGAGUACCACGUGGUGCGGCUGCUGUCGGUGCGCAGCCGGCCGCCCGCCGAGGCAGACCCGGAGGACGAGGAGGAGGAGCUGGCUGACGAGGAGGAGCCGCCGCCGAGGGCCAGCCGCCGCCACGACGACGUGGAGCUGGUGGUGUACGCCGUGGUGGGCGGCGCGUGCUCCGUGGUCGCCGUGGCCAGCGCCAUGGCGGCGGUCGCGCGCCGCGCCCGGACCUUGGACGUGCAGUGGCCGUGGAGGCGGCCCAAGCACGCCCCCGCGGCCUGGGGCGGCGUGCCCAAGCACUACCGCAUGGCGGACGACCUCCCGCCGCCGCCGCCGCCGCCGCAGCCCAAGGUCAUCUACUCGGGCUCGUUCGCGGCGCGCGCGGGCGGCCCCCCGCGCGGCAGGUACGCCGGCCUCGGCGUCGGCGGCAGCAUGAUGAUGGGGUACGCCGAGAUGGAGGCGGCCCGCUCCGCCGCCGGCCGCCACCGCGUCAACAGCCCCAGCAAGCUGCACAUCUUCAGCUGCCGGCCGGGCAGCGUGCUGAUCCCGCUGCCGCCGCCGUCGAGGGCCCGGGUGGGCGACGUGCGGCCCCUGGACGUGAGGAUCCCGGAGGACCUGGCCACCAUGGGCCACGACAACCCCAACUACCGCACAUGA